CUCCGUGAAGUUUUCAUGAUGCCCUGUUUCAACACGUGCUUUACAACAGAUGGCAAUAUAUUUGGGAAUUAGUUUCUGGAGGAGGAUGUGGCAGUAAUGUAUUACCUUAUACAACAAAAUUUUGCCAAGUCAGAAUACUACAAGUUGGCAAUUGAAGAGCUCAAGAAAAAUGACGUAGCGCUGGCUGCCUUGGGAGCCCCUCCUCUCCAUAUCCGAAAUAUCAAACUUACCGACCGAAAUAAUCGGGUGGAUGGAAUAAGUGCAAGGAUUAAAAUUCCAGUAUGUGGAAACAAAUCAACUGGUUAUCUCCACACCUAUUGUAUCAGAGACACUGUACAGAAAAGAUGGUUUUUGCAAGAAGCCAUUUUGCAGUUUCUGGAUGGUCAAGAAGUUUCAGUGUACUCCGUGAACAAGGAUGAAGACCAAAGUUAAUACAAGUGUGAUGGCUUGCAGAAUUGCUUAUUGGACUCUGUUCAAUGUAUAUGGUCCUGGAGGUAAUAGGUCAUCCUUUAAUAAAUGUAUACAAUUCAA